AUGGACAGAGAAAGUCGUUCUAGAGAUGAUAGUAAAGGUAGAUAGGCCCCUUUGUAUAGGGAAUCUCUAUAUCGAAGUUCAUCUUCAGUAAGCAGCUAAUUUAAAGUCUCAUCAGGCCCUAUGCUAUUCAAAGGUACAGAGAAUUCAAGUGUGUUGAAAAAUGCUCAACCUUAAUUUGAAGAAGAUGCAGAUGGAUUUAAAAAGCCACCAGCUCGUUCAGAGAAGUUAGAAGAAGAAAGGAAACGCAAUAAAUUACUUAAUGAAUACACAGCAUUUGAAUGGGAAAAUAUAGAAUAAGAAUCAGAUAGAAAAUGGUAUGAUUAUGAUGAAGAUGAUAUUGGUAAUGCUUCUUAAUAAGAUUGGGGAGGUGAAGUAUUCAAAGGAUAAAAAGAAGAAUUUAAAUUUGAAGAAUAUAGUAAACGUAAGGGUUAGACAGUAAGAUAAUCAGAGAAAAAUUAAGAAUAAAAUAGAUGGGAACUUAAUCGUAUGAUUGCAUCAGAUGUAUUCAAAAGAAAAGCAGAUGCUUGGGAUUUUUAUGAAGAAGAAAAUGAAAAAAGAGUUGUAAUACAUGUACAUGAUAUCAAACCACCUUUUUUGGAUGGAAAAGUUGUUUAUACUACUUAAUUGACAUAAGUAUAAAUUGUCAAAGAUCCUAAUUCAGAUAUGGCUAAGUUAGCAAAGUAAGGUUCAGAAGUUUUAAUGUUAAUGAGAGAGAAAUAAGAUAAAACUAAAAUGAGGGAGAGAUUUUGGGAAUUAAGUGGAUCCAAAAUGGGAAAGGUUAUGAAUCUAGAUAGAAAAAAAGAAUAGGAUCCAGAUAGACAUUUAUUAAAUGAAGAUGGAGAUUAUGAUUUCAAAGCUUCUUCUAGAUAUUAAACAGCUCUUUAAAGAGUUACUUAAGGUUAAAGUGAUUUUGCUAGAAAUAAAACAAUCAAAGAACAAAGAGAAUACUUACCAGUAUUUCAUUGUAGAUCUGAAUUAGUUUAAUUAUUACAUGAUAAUAGAGUUUCUAUUAUUGUAGGAGAAACUGGAUCAGGUAAGACUACUUAAUUGACAUAAUAUUUAUAUGAAGAAGGUUAUACUAAUACUGGUGUAAUUGGAUGUACUUAACCAAGAAGAGUUGCAGCAGUAUCAGUAGCAAAAAGAGUAGCUGAAGAAAUGGGAGUAGAAUUAGGUAGUAAAGUAGGUUAUGCCAUUCGUUUUGAAGAUUAUACUAGUAAAGAUACAGUCAUUAAAUAUAUGACAGAUGGUGUUUUAUUAAGAGAAUCUCUUUAAGAUCCUGAUCUUGAAAAAUAUUCUGCUGUCAUUAUGGAUGAAGCACAUGAAAGAUCUUUAAAUACAGAUGUUUUAUUUGGUAUUCUUAAAAAAGUAGCAUAAAGAAGAAGAGAUAUUAGAAUUAUUAUUACAUCUGCAACUAUGAAUGCUAAAAAAUUCAGUGAUUUCUUUGGUGGAGUACCUAUCUAUAAAAUACCAGGUAGAACUUUCCCAGUUGAUGUCAGAUUCGAAAAAGCACCUGCCUAAGAUUAUGUUAGAAGUGCAAUUAAGAAAACUAUUGAAGUUCAUAUUCAAUAACCUCCUGGAGAUGUUUUAAUAUUUAUGACAGGAUAAGAAGAUAUUGAAACUACUUGUUAUUUGUUAGCUGAAGAACUCAAUAAAUUAAGUGAAGNAAAAAUUAAGAAUAAAAUAGAUGGGAACUUAAUCGUAUGAUUGCAUCAGAUGUAUUCAAAAGAAAAGCAGAUGCUUGGGAUUUUUAUGAAGAAGAAAAUGAAAAAAGAGUUGUAAUACAUGUACAUGAUAUCAAACCACCUUUUUUGGAUGGAAAAGUUGUUUAUACUACUUAAUUGACAUAAGUAUAAAUUGUCAAAGAUCCUAAUUCAGAUAUGGCUAAGUUAGCAAAGUAAGGUUCAGAAGUUUUAAUGUUAAUGAGAGAGAAAUAAGAUAAAACUAAAAUGAGAGAGAGAUUUUGGGAAUUAAGUGGAUCCAAAAUGGGAAAGGUUAUGAAUCUAGAUAGAAAAAAAGAAUAAGAUCCAGAUAGACAUUUAUUAAAUGAAGAUGGAGAUUAUGAUUUCAAAGCUUCUUCUAGAUAUUAAACAGCUCUUUAAAGAGUUACAUAAGGUUAAAGUGAUUUUGCUAGAAAUAAAACAAUCAAAGAACAAAGAGAAUACUUACCAGUAUUUCAUUGUAGAUCUGAAUUAGUUUAAUUAUUACAUGAUAAUAGAGUUUCGAUUAUUGUAGGAGAAACUGGAUCAGGUAAGACUACUUAAUUGACAUAAUAUUUAUAUGAAGAAGGUUAUACUAAUACUGGUGUAAUUGGAUGUACUUAACCAAGAAGAGUUGCAGCAGUAUCAGUAGCAAAAAGAGUAGCUGAAGAAAUGGGAGUAGAAUUAGGUAGUAAAGUAGGUUAUGCCAUUCGUUUUGAAGAUUAUACUAGUAAAGAUACAGUCAUUAAAUAUAUGACAGAUGGUGUUUUAUUAAGAGAAUCUCUUUAAGAUCCUGAUCUUGAAAAAUAUUCUGCUGUCAUUAUGGAUGAAGCACAUGAAAGAUCUUUAAAUACAGAUGUUUUAUUUGGUAUUCUUAAAAAAGUAGCAUAAAGAAGAAGAGAUAUUAGAAUUAUUAUUACAUCUGCAACUAUGAAUGCUAAAAAAUUCAGUGAUUUCUUUGGUGGAGUACCUAUCUAUAAAAUACCAGGUAGAACUUUCCCAGUUGAUGUCAGAUUCGAAAAAGCACCUGCCUAAGAUUAUGUUAGAAGUGCAAUUAAGAAAACUAUUGAAGUUCAUAUUCAAUAACCUCCUGGAGAUGUUUUAAUAUUUAUGACAGGAUAAGAAGAUAUUGAAACUACUUGUUAUUUGUUAGCUGAAGAACUCAAUAAAUUAAGUGAAGCAACUCCUCCUCUUUUAAUUUUACCAAUUUAUUCUUAAUUAAGAUCAGAAGAAUAAGCAAGGAUCUUUGAAAAAAGUGAAUUUAGAAAAUGUAUAGUGGCAACAAAUAUAGCAGAAACAUCUCUAACUUUGGAUGGUGUAAAAUAUGUGAUUGAUACUGGAUAUUGUAAAAUGAAAGUGUAUAAUCCUAGAAUUGGUAUGGAUGCAUUAUAAGUUACUCCAAUAUCAUAAGCUAAUGCAGAUUAAAGAAAGGGUAGAGCUGGUCGUACUGGACCUGGUAUUUGUUUUAGAUUGUAUUCUUCAUUAAAUUAUAGAUAAGAUAUGUUAGAAAAUAAUAUUCCUGAAAUAUAAAGAACUAAUUUAGCUAAUGUAGUGUUAUUAUUGAAAUCAUUAAAUAUUAAUAAUCUUUUAGAUUUUGAUUUUAUGGAUCCUCCUCCUUAAGAUACAAUUUUAAAUGCUAUGUAUUAAUUGUGGGUCUUAGGAGCAUUGGAUAAUGUANAAGGUUAAAGUGAUUUUGCUAGAAAUAAAACAAUCAAAGAACAAAGAGAAUACUUACCAGUAUUUCAUUGUAGAUCUGAAUUAGUUUAAUUAUUACAUGAUAAUAGAGUUUCGAUUAUUGUAGGAGAAACUGGAUCAGGUAAGACUACUUAAUUGACAUAAUAUUUAUAUGAAGAAGGUUAUACUAAUACUGGUGUAAUUGGAUGUACUUAACCAAGAAGAGUUGCAGCAGUAUCAGUAGCAAAAAGAGUAGCUGAAGAAAUGGGAGUAGAAUUAGGUAGUAAAGUAGGUUAUGCCAUUCGUUUUGAAGAUUAUACUAGUAAAGAUACAGUCAUUAAAUAUAUGACAGAUGGUGUUUUAUUAAGAGAAUCUCUUUAAGAUCCUGAUCUUGAAAAAUAUUCUGCUGUCAUUAUGGAUGAAGCACAUGAAAGAUCUUUAAAUACAGAUGUUUUAUUUGGUAUUCUUAAAAAAGUAGCAUAAAGAAGAAGAGAUAUUAGAAUUAUUAUUACAUCUGCAACUAUGAAUGCUAAAAAAUUCAGUGAUUUCUUUGGUGGAGUACCUAUCUAUAAAAUACCAGGUAGAACUUUCCCAGUUGAUGUCAGAUUCGAAAAAGCACCUGCCUAAGAUUAUGUUAGAAGUGCAAUUAAGAAAACUAUUGAAGUUCAUAUUCAAUAACCUCCUGGAGAUGUUUUAAUAUUUAUGACAGGAUAAGAAGAUAUUGAAACUACUUGUUAUUUGUUAGCUGAAGAACUCAAUAAAUUAAGUGAAGCAACUCCUCCUCUUUUAAUUUUACCAAUUUAUUCUUAAUUAAGAUCAGAAGAAUAAGCAAGGAUCUUUGAAAAAAGUGAAUUUAGAAAAUGUAUAGUGGCAACAAAUAUAGCAGAAACAUCUCUAACUUUGGAUGGUGUAAAAUAUGUGAUUGAUACUGGAUAUUGUAAAAUGAAAGUGUAUAAUCCUAGAAUUGGUAUGGAUGCAUUAUAAGUUACUCCAAUAUCAUAAGCUAAUGCAGAUUAAAGAAAGGGUAGAGCUGGUCGUACUGGACCUGGUAUUUGUUUUAGAUUGUAUUCUUCAUUAAAUUAUAGAUAAGAUAUGUUAGAAAAUAAUAUUCCUGAAAUAUAAAGAACUAAUUUAGCUAAUGUAGUGUUAUUAUUGAAAUCAUUAAAUAUUAAUAAUCUUUUAGAUUUUGAUUUUAUGGAUCCUCCUCCUUAAGAUACAAUUUUAAAUGCUAUGUAUUAAUUGUGGGUCUUAGGAGCAUUGGAUAAUGUAGGUGAAUUAACAGAACUUGGUAGAAAAAUGAGUGAGUUUCCAUUAGAUCCACCAUUAUCAAAAAUGUUAAUAAAAGGAGAUUAAUUAGGAUGCACUGAAGAAAUACUAACAGUUGUUAGUAUGUUAAGUGUACCAGGAAUAUUUUAUAGACCAAAAGAUAGAGAAGCAGAAAGUGAUGCUGCUAGAGAGAAGUUAUUUGUUGGAGAAAGUGAUCAUUUAACAAUGUUAAAUGUAUUUGAAUAAUGGAAAAGACAUGAAUUUUCACCUGAAUGGUGUAAUGAUCAUUUUGUUUAAGCAAAAAGUAUGAGAAAAGUAAGAGAAGUAAGAGCUUAAUUAAAAGAUAUUGCUGGUAAAUUAGGAUUAAAAAUGAGUACUUGUAAUUUCUCAUAUGAUGUUGUUAGAAAGGCUAUUUGUUCAGCAUAUUUUUAGAAUGCAGCUAAAAUUAAAGGAGUUGGAGAUUAUAUAAAUUUACGUACAGGUAUGCCAUGUAAAUUACAUCCUUCAAGUGCUUUAUAUUCUUUAGGUUAUGCUCCAGAUUAUGUUGUUUAUCAUGAAUUGGUAAUGACAUCUAAAGAAUAUAUGCAUUGUGUUAGUGCUGUUGAUCCUCAAUGGUUAGCUGAAAUGGGUCCUAUGUUUUUUAGUAUUAAAGAAGAUGGUGAAACUAGAGCAUCUCGUAUUGAAAGUGAAAAAAAGAGUAAAAGAGAAAUUGAAUUAUCUAUUGAAAAAGCUAAAAGAGAACAUGAAAUGAAAAGUGAAGAAUGUUAAAGAAGAAUAGAGAAAGAAGAUAGAGAGAGAAGAUUAAUUAGUGAACGUACAGCUACAUUAGGAUGUAGACCAAGUAGAAUAUAAACACCAUUAAGAUAAUAAAUAUCAUCAAUUGCUGCCACUCCUAUAAGAAGUGAAUGUGAAUCUGUUAUUUCAGGAAUGACAAGUAUCUAAGCUAAAUAAAUGAGAAUGGCAUAUUAUGACGAUGAAGAAGAAUAAGAUGUUGGUAGAAACAAAAUACCUAAAUUAGAAUGA